AUGAAUAAUAUUAAUAAUAUAAAUAAUAAUAAUAAUAAUAAUAAUAAUAAUAUAAAUAAUAAUAAUAUUAAUAAUAGUAAUAAUUUAUUUUUAAAAGUUUUUCAUAAUAUCUAUAUAAAAAAUAUUAUUAUAGGCUACCUUAGAUUAUAUAAUUUAAACUAUAAUCAAAUUAAAUUUUAUGAUCUAGCUUCAUUAAAAAAUUAUAAAUACAAAUACUAUUUAAAUUCAAUCUACCUAAUUUUAGAUAUAAAUGAUCCACUAUUAAAUGAAAUAAACGAUAUAAUUCCAUAUAGUAGUAUAACAAAGAUCGAAAUAGAAUGUGUAAGAAGUGAAUCAUCAUAUUAUUUACCGUCAACAAAAGAAGGCUCAGAAAGCGAUUCUUAUUUUCAACAAUUUUCAAAAACAAUUGAUGGUAAUAAUAAUAGUUUUUUAAAUAGUAAUAAAUUUAUAUCACUAGAAUCAAUUAUAAUUCAUAUGUCACCAUAUAUUAAUAACCUAAUAAAACCUUCGAUUUUACCAAUAUCCCUAACCAGUCUCACGUUAAACUCUAAUUUUAAUCAGCCCGUUUCAAAUGGCUGGCUAAAGUCAUUAAAAAACCUGACCUAUUUAAAAUUUGGCUAUAGUUUUAAUCAGAGUAUCCCAAAUGAUGCACUAUCUAUAAAUUUAAAGACUCUAAUAUUCGGCUCAAGUUUUAGAAAACCCAUAGGUGGUAUAAAUUUACCUAACAAUUUACAAGAGCUCUCUUUACCGGAAUAUUACUCAUUAAAUAAUCUAACUUUGUUUCCACCAAAUUUACAAACUUUUAAAUAUGGAUCAGGUUUAUUUUAUGACUCAUCAGUAUAUUUAGGAUCAUCUGACCUCCCAUGUGGCCUAACCCAUUUAAAUUGUAACGAGUACUCAAACUAUAAAAAACUACCAGCAAGUCUAAAAACCAUAACCUUUAACUGUGGGACUACAAGCUCGUUAACUACUGUGUAUGAUGACACGUUUUCACCGAUUAUCCCUCCAUCUGUAGAAACAAUUCAUUUUAUAAAUCUAAGAAAACUAUUUAACAAUUUGUUUUUUAGAGGCUCCAUAUCAAGCAAGCUAACAUCAAUCUAUUUCGAUGACUCUUUUAAUCUACCAAUAAACGAUAAUAUUUUACCAGAAUCACUUACAUUUAUAAAGUUUGGGAAAAUAUUUAAUCAUCCAAUCACCGAUCGAACCUUCCCAAGUACUCUUAAAACUCUUCAGUUUGGGCACUAUUAUAAUCAAACUCUAAACCGAUUCAACUUACCAUUGUCUCUAACAUCACUUCACAUCGACUUCCACUUUGGCCAAAAUAUAACACUAAACAACACCAUACUACCAGAAAAUUUGCAAUCAUUAAGUAUUGGUGACUAUACAAUAGCAAUAGACUUUAAUAAUCUCCCAUCUUCUUUAACCAAUCUAUUUGUAUAUGGAACAAAUUCAAAGUUUUUAAAUAAUUUAAAUUUAAUUAACGAAAAUAAUUUAAAACUUGUAAAAAUUAUAAAUCAUAAUAAACAAUAA